AUGGAUCUCGAUACUCCCAGCAAUCGGAAGCGAAGCCUCGACGAAGAUGAAAUAACCAUAGCGCCAACAAGCGCUUUCAAGAAGCGCAAGGUCGACGAGGAGAAUGCAGAUGUGCCUUCGGCGCAGGGAGCCCUGAGCUCCUUCACCUCGGCGAUAUCGAGCGUCUUUGGAUACGGCAGUAAAAAGGCUUCAGAGGCCCUGAACGAAGGCGUCGAGAAGGGCGCCUCCCUGCCAAAACCACCAUCACAACCGUUGUCUGCGACGUCACCGAACAAGGCUCGACCAGCAAUCAAGCUGGCAGCUCUACUGGGAUCAAAAUGGGAUACAGGAGAGGGGGAUCGAGCAUCAUCACCGAAGAAGGGGAGAGGAGGCAGGCGCAAAGUGGUGACUGAGCCAGAUAACAGCUCGGCAACAGACCCAGGACCUACUCCAAGCAGAGGCAGAGGCAGGGGGAGGGGAAGGGGAAGAGGCAGCAGAGGCGGUAGAGGAGGCAGAGGCAGAGGUGGAGCAAGAAGCAGUUUCGGAAAAGAAGAAGACGAGGAAAAUGUUGAUGUCACCGUGGAAGAAGAGAGGCCACAAGCCGUCGCCGUGUCUCACGAAUUACCUUCAACGGUGCGCUCGAUCAGGCGCCUCGAUUUUAUUCCUCUCUCCAAUGGCGUCAUUGAUAAUACUGCGGACGAACUUUCGACAAGCGAAUACCCUUCCAUGAGCCCUCUGAAAAGCCGAAGCCUCAACCUAAACGAACGGCUGGCUGAAUCGACUAGUACUGGAACCACGCCGAAGAGUAUCCUAUCGCCAUCCAAGAGCAGAGGGCCUCGGCCCCAGAAGAAUGUGUCUUUCAAUAAUAAGGGUGGCGAUGACGAAGCCACCACUGAAGUUUUCUUCGAAGAUCUACCAAAAGAGCCGGUUGUGAAAAAGAAGCCUGGCCGAAAACCUAAGAAUGCCCAGCCUGUUGUUGUUGCUACAGAUGAAAUUGUCUGUGGCGUAUGCUCCAGGCCCGACUCACAGGCGCCCAACGAGAUUAUUUUGUGCGACAACUGCGACUUUGCAGUUCAUCAAAUGUGCUAUGGCGUGCGGGAGAUCCCCGUCGGCGAUUGGCUCUGCAAUUCGUGUGCACAAGAAGACGCGCUGGGCAUAGCCAAGAAACCCACUGAGGAGGAGGCACUUGAGGCAGCUGCCGAUACAACCCUUACGUCUACACCUGCUAUUGAAGUACCGGAUAUUCCUAAUCUAGACCAUCAUCUGCGCGCCCUUCAGAGAGUCCUCCUGGAUCGAUGCAACGGCCGCAGGUCGAUUCGAAUGUUUGGCCAGCAGGAUCAGUAUGAGAAAGCGCACCAGCUCAUCGAGCAAACUGUUGUGGCGGGCGAGGGGAAUUCUAUGCUCCUUAUUGGGCCCAGAGGGUGUGGCAAAACAACGAUGAUCAACAACAUCAUUAAAGACCUUUCGCGAGAGCAUCGACAAGAUUUUCAUAUUGUGAGGCUAAACGGGUUCAUUCACACAGAUGACAAAUUAGCACUGAAGGAAAUCUGGCGGCAGCUUGGAAAGGAAAUGCAGGUCGAUGACGACUUGCUGAGUCGGUCCAAUUAUGCAGAUACCAUGGCAUCUUUAUUAGCACUGCUGUCUCAUCCUUCUGAGAUCCUAGGACAAGACGAAGGCUUCACCUCACAGUCUGUCAUAUUCAUCAUUGACGAAUUCGACCUAUUUGCGACUCAUCCUCGACAGACGCUCUUGUAUAACCUGUUUGACAUUGCGCAGUCUCGAAAGGCGCCAAUUACAGUUCUGGGCUGCACGGCCCGCCUUGACGUGGUAGAGAUGCUAGAGAAGAGAGUUAAGAGCCGAUUCAGCCACCGAUAUAUCUACUUGUCGCUUCCCAAGAACCUAGCGGCUUACUGGCAAGUUUGCCGACAGGGGUUGAUGCUCGGAGAUGUUGAGCCGGAGGAAGAGGGCCUGGACCGGAGGAUUGAUGGGUUUCCCGAGUUCCAGGCGUAUUGGGAUCACAAGAUUGAGGAUCUUUACAAACAACGGGCAUUUCAGGAUCUGCUGCAGUAUCACUACUACACAACCAAGUCACCGUCGGCAUUCUAUAAUGAGUGGAUCUUGCCGCUUUCAUGGGUCACAGCGGGCAAUCCAAAUCUCAAGAUACCGGCCGUCGGGUCAAACUUGACGUCUCUAACAGCGCCGGAUUCCCGACUGCACUUGCUAUCAACGCUAUCAGAUCUCGACCUCGGGCUAUUGAUUGCGGCGGCACGGCUUGAUAUUGUCGCCGACACGGACACAGUCAACUUUGCCAUGGCGUACGAUGAGUAUAGCGCUCUUGCGGGACGACAGCGUGUGCAAUCGGCUACGGCGGGCAUGCUGGCUCAGGGCGGCAACGCGAGAGUCUGGAGUCGCGGCGUGGCGGCUGUGGCGUGGGAGAGACUUGUUACCCUCGGUCUGUUGGUUCCGGCUGGCGUGGGCGCUGGCAGCAGGAGUCAAGGGCAUGGAGGGCUGGAGGCAAAGAUGUGGAGAGUGGAUGUCGCUCUGGAGGAGAUUCCAGCUGUCACGAAGCUGAGCACGGUUUUGGCGAAAUGGUGUAAGGAAAUAUGA